UUCGGCUGGCGGCGGCCCGGCCGCGGGGGUUACCUCGUGGGAGACGCACUCCAGGGAGCGGAGUUCGCUGCAGUAGCGGCAGAAGUAGAGCUGGGAGAGCGGCGCGCGGAUCUCCUUUUCGCCGCGCACCAGCUCCCAGCAGCCCCGGGCAGAGAGCAGGACUCCAUUGUGCUAGGCACUGUACAAAUGCAGAACAGAAAGAUGAUCCUGGCCUUAAAGAACGUACGUUCUUAAUGGAGUCCCCUAGUCGCCGAGCUCCCAGGACGCCAGCAGAGAGGAGGAGGAUGGAAGUCAUGAGCAGCCCAAAUCCCACCAUGUCUGCCAUCCCCAAGCACAUCCUGGACAUCUGGAUCAUCGUGCUGAUCAUCCUGGCCACCAUCCUGGUCAUGACGUCCAUGGUGCUGUGCCCGGCCACGGCUGUCAUCAUCUACAGGGUGCGGACUCACCCCAUACACAACGGGGUCGUGUGAGAACAGAGCCCGGGGCGGCUGGCUGCCCUCAGGCCACGCUGGAGAAAAGACAGUGGGUGAAGCAUGCAUCUCCCUGAGCUGACUCCAUAUGGAGCAGCAGCAUGGAGGGGUGGGGACCAACGUGCCAGCCAGGACAUGGCAGGAAGCACAGGCUGAUACUCCUGGGACCAGAACUCCCUGUGCGUCACCCAAAUGCACCCAAGGGAGCUGGGUUAGUCACCCACUCCAACUGGUGACAAAGCUUUCUCUGGAGUGAGUCCCGCUCAGUGGGUGCAGCGGCCCAGAAUGCCCCUGUCUGGGCUUCACCUCAUGCACUCCAAUCAAAAUGGCCCCCUCGUAUUUACCCGGCGAGCUACUCGGAAAUGACAGGGAAGCAGGCCAGGCGCCGCAAAGGAAAUGUUCAACUUCUGAGAGCAAAGCUGUCGAAAUGGUUUCCAGAUGCGGUCGCUUUGGACGUUGAGCAACUCGCGCCGGGCCGCUCUCCCUCGCUGCGAGGGCAGGGGCUGGUGACCUCUGGCACCUCACAGCUGGGAUCUCCCGUCUGCAUGCCCCAAGCUCCCCCAGGCACUGGAGAAGAACAAGGAAGGGAAGUGGGGUUCAGUGAAAGUAAUUUAUUUGGCAUGGGGGGAGGGGAUCCAUGUAAGGUGGCAAAAAUGGGGGUGCAUUUGGCUUCUGGGUUUGCAAGGCCGUGGGACAGUGAAGGGGCCAAUCGCAGCCGUGUCAGUCUUGCUUGUUGCAGGCAUAUGGUGUAAUUGUACCAGAAAUGUACUAGGUGUGCUUUCAGGGGAAAGCCCUUUGGCUAACAGCUCUUGAGAGUGACACAGCAUCAUCCCCAGGCAGCCAGUCACCCCUUUUCUGGGCUUGUCACCUUGUUUUGGUUUCUUAAUGUCUUUGUAAUGAAAGGGCUAGAUUGGCGCCCGCUGAACGGGUCCAGCCGGAAUCAGUCCCAGGUUGCAAUAUGCCUCCACCCUGCUCUGGAGAGGCCCCUAUUCCAGGGCUGCGGGGCCUGUUCAGUCUGGGUGGUCCGUUCAGCCUUUGACCUCUCUCCAGAGAUUGCCAACAUGGAGUCCGUUACUAUGGUGCUCUGUGUGAGAGGGACACCCGGCCGCUGGGAGCUGGGCUCAUGGUACACAGACUCUCCCCAGCUGCAGGAGCGUAAAUCCGUGCUGGAUGCGAACCAGUGCUGAAGACUCCCCCCCCCCCCCAUGUCCUUAACAAGCACAAGCCCCAUAGUUCUCCUGCAGCCUCUCUGCUCUUCCUUGCCCAAAGAUGGGGAGGAAAUGGUUAACGAAACAGGAGAAUGCAAAUUCCAAGCCAGUGCACAGAGAGAAAGUGCAGUUGAAGGGAUAUUAAAGAAGGUGCUAACAGUGAUUUCCCCAAGUGACAGUGACCCCCUCAUAAUUUGUCCCCCACACUUUAAAAUCCAACAGUUUCACCAAGUACAAAAAUCUCUUGGGUCUUCUGUUAAA